GAGGGAGGAGAGAGUGGUGGAGGCGGCCAGAUCGGCUGGAUCGGCGGUCGAGCUCGUGCUUCAGUGCGUGGUCCGGAUGAGCACGAACGGUGACUGGAGAGUGUUGACUCAUCUCGUCGCCGUGCUAUGGCUUCUGGCAUAUGUGGGGAACUUGGUGGAUUUCCUUACGCUGGUUUAUUCAGGUGUUGUGAUGGUGAUGACGCUGCCACUGGUGUACAAGAAGAACGAGGGGAGGAUCCUGCAAUCCGGGGUGGCGGCUCAGAUGAAGGCCUUGGAGGUUCUC